CCGCCCGCGGGCGUGGCCUAGAGGCCUGGGGACGCUGCGACCCACCUAGGGGCGAGACCAACUCUGAAAGUAGAGGGAGAAUUACCCUCAAGGGCAAAAAUGAGCCCUUCCAGGACCAGCCGAAUCUCUGUUACGGACCCAUUCUGAGCUUUUUAAUAGAGAUUUCUGUCCAACUCUACUGGUCUAGUAUCUCCGCAAAAAGACUUGACUUCGUACUCUGGGGGAAUUCCUGGUUCCACCUUUCUGGGAAUGGUAUCGCCCACGCCUGGGGGCGGGGCUGAGGCGCUCCCCCGGCUCCACUCAGCUCCCCGACUGUUCAACGGAGACGCGGGAAAAUGGCGGAGUCCCGUUCCAGGCCUUUGGGGAGGUCCUUCGUGGAAGCGGGACCUAGUACUUCUGGGAACCCCAAGGCUAAAGGGAAAAGAGUACCAGCUGGAAGAAUAGUAGAGUCUCGGUAUUUGCAAUGUGAGAAGAAAAAAGUUGUUAAGGCACUUGCAUCUGAUACUUCAAUCAACACUUCCAGUGGGAAACAGAUGGAAAGUGGAAAAAAACCUAAUGUCUCUCAGAAGGGUAGCACAGAUAAUAAUCCAGUUGAAAAGGGUGAUUUGCAAUCAACUCUGUUAGAAGGCCACAGAACUGCACCUCCUGAUCUGGAUCUUUCUGCUAUUAAUGAUAAAAGUAUCAAGAGAAGGACUCCCCAGCUAGCCAGUAAAGCUCAUACAGGACAGAUUUCCAAAACACCAAAAAAACACAACACUGUUUCCCCAGAAGAUAUCAAAAUGAUGGAGUCACAGACACUAAUUCUAACUCUUCUGGCAGUGAAGAUGAAGAACCGUCUUGCUGUAAUGGAAGAAAAGGCAGAAAGAAAUCUGACCAUGUUAUGUGAGGAGAAGGAUAAACUGCAAAAAAAAGUACAGGAAUUGAAACGCAAACUUCUAUUUCAGCAGAAAGAGCAGGAGAUGGUGGAUGUACUUGAUACUCAGAAUGAAUUGCUUACUCCCUUUGUGGCGAUGUCUGAGGAUUUUAAGAAGGAUUAUAAAACUUUUGCAACUGCACUGGACUCUACCAGGCAUGAACUGCCUAUGAAAUCUAUUCACAUGGAAGGAGAUAGGGACAAGUUUUUAGAUGAUUUACAACACCAACUAUCUAUCACACAAAGCUUGUUGGCAGAAAUUACCACUGACCACUUAGGACAGAAUGCUAAAGUAUUUGAUGUGUUGGGUGAAUUUAAAGAAGUCGUGCAGAAAAAGGAUAUAGAAUUGAAAAGGAGCUUUGCCCAUGUGCUUAACUUAUCCUCUGAAGUCAGUAAAGAAGCUGCUUUAACUAACCAAGAAGUCUGGGAAGAGACUCAAGGCACACAGAACCUAAGCCAGUGGUAUUUUAAUCGAGGGCAUUCAAUGGAUACUCCAAAAGACAACUAAAGGCCUAAUAGGUGCUUAUAUUUUUAGGUUUAUCACAUCAACAAUAAGUUGUCUCUGACACAUUUUUGUUGGUUUGUUUUUCUUAUAUUUUCUCUGCCGUGUACAUACAUGUUUGUAUACUGUAGAGAACAUAUUUUUGUCUUUUUAUGACAUUCAGAACACUUAGCACUUUAAAUCAAUGUGUAUUAAAUGUUUUUACAUUCUAUUAUGUGUUUAAUUUGGGGUAUUAAAAAUAAAACAUU